CGUCGACGGCCAUGCUGAUGUCAAAGGUGAAAGCUCGAAGUUCACUCUGACGUCACGAUUUACACGUCGCCAUGUUUUCGUCCGCUGGAGAGUCCAAGUACGAGCAAACUUUCCCUUUCUAGGUGUUAAAAACCCUGUAGCUGAUUACCAACUGAAAGGGUGAGGUGAAGUCUCAGCCAUGUCUUGGAUAUCAGACUUUGCUGGUAAAGCUGAGGCACUCCUGAAUAAGGUUGACCAGACUGCUGCCCAGGCCCUGCAGGCUGAGGGGGAGGGAGAGACGGGGAAGUCCGUGCCCAGCCAGCCAGCCCCAGGGGUGCAGAGGAGCCACCAUGUGGAGACGGCCAGGUAUGAGAGGCCCGGACCUCCUGAACCACCCCGGAUGGAGACACAGGCUCUGCACACCUCAGCAAGUAUGGUGAGCCUGUCCAGCCCUCGGACAGCCAGCGGGAUUCCCCGCGUCCCCAGCCUAGGGACAAUCUCCCAGGGCUCCCCACAGAGGGCUUAUGGGAGGAAGAAACCUAGGGACGAAGAUGAGAAACUUUUUGAAUUCCUUAAUAGCCCAAACACCUUUCCAGCAGCGGAGAAGAAAAGGGAUGUCACAAGGGCCGCUGAGCCCAGUUCCACAGGUGGGAAGCACUCCAGACAAUCCAGUGAUUCCUCCUCAGUGUCAGCAUACACAGAAGGCAGUACAUCGUACAGCUCCAUGGCAGUGGAGGCAAAGGAGAAUGUGAUGCCUACCCCCUCUGUGCAGCAGACUGGGAGUGGGGAAAUGUCCCAGACUGUGACAGACAUCAGUGAGCCCCCAUCCAGCGAACCUACAACAAAUGGUAGUUCUGAUGGCAGUGAUGGCUUGCCAACCAGCAGUGAGUCCAGUGAUGACCAGCCUCUCAGACAACAGGUAUCCUCCUUGACACUGGAGAACAACCUGCUAAGGUCAGAGGUGGCCUCCCUGAACCAGGAGAUGACCUCCCUCAUCCAGAGGUGCAAGGCUGCCCAGGAAGAAGUGACACGUACCAAACAGCGACUGGACACCAUGUCGUCAGGGGCGUCCCAGACAGACAGGAUUAUCCGUGAGCUGCGGUCACGAGAGGAGGACCUGACGGAGGCCAUCACCACCAAGGAUGCCCAGCUGGCCGUACUGAAGGUCAGGCUGGACGAGGCUGACCAGGAACUCAAGGCCAAGAGGACCAUGGUGGAAGAGCUGCAGAGUGAGAAGGACAGGAUCCUGAGAGACCAUAGUGAUUCCAGUGGGAUCCACAGCCAGGCAUUGGACAGUCUGAGGGAGAAGCUGCAUGAGGCAGAGGCUGCCCUGAAGAGAGAACAGGAGUCUUACAAAAUAGCUCAGAAUGAGGCCAUGGAAAGACAACACAAGCUGGAGGCAGACAGACACAGUAUGGCUGAGUCUCUCACAUCUGCACAGAAACAGGUCCAGGACGACAAGAAGAGGAUAUCAGAUCUGACUGUACACAUGGAGAAGGCUAAGGCCACGGCAGAGUCAGCCAGACAGGAGCUGUCAGAUUACAAGCAGAAGGCAACACGGAUUCUACAGUCGAAGGAGAAGCUGAUCAAUAGUCUUCGUCAAGGCGGUAGUGAAGUGGAUUCUGGAGCUGCAGGAGCAGGGGCUAGUGUGGGGCUGGAGUUGGAGGAGCUGAGACAUGAGAGGGACCUACAGAGAGAAGAUAUCCAACACCUCAGUAUGCAGCUGGACCAGGCCAGGCUGGAACUACAGGAACAAGAGUCCCAGCUCCAGUCAGAGAUUGAUAUGUCACGUCACCAGAUCAGAGAACUUGAGGACCACAUGUCUCAGGAGAAACAGCUGAGGGAAGAUGCUGAGACAGAACUUGCCAGCCUGAAGCAGGAAAUGCGUUACAUCCAAGAAGAAAUGGUGAAACAAAAAACAACCUUCCAAACAAGACUGAAGGACCGAGAAGAAGAGAUUCAGAAGCUAAGGAACCAGAUGACAACCAAGGCAAUGAGCACUACAACCCAGAGUGAGCUGGAGGGGCGGCUGCACUCCCUCACGGAGAGCCUCAUUCAGAAACAGACCAUGCUGGAAGCCCUCAGUACAGAGAAGAAUUCCCUGGUGCUACAGCUAGAAAGGCUAGAGCAACAAUACCGAGCAGCCCAGCCUCUGGCAGGCAAACAUCCUGGCCACACUGUCGUUGGUGGGAUGGAUGAGGAGGAUGCCACUGUUCCUCUUGCAGGUGCCCGAGUCCGCUCUGCCCCUUUCUUACAAGUGGACCCGUCAGGCACAAGUCCCAUCAACAGAGUCAAAAGGGCUGCCAACAGUAUAGACAAAUUCAGUAUUCGUCUUGGAGUCUUCCUGAGAAGAUAUCCCACAGCAAGGCUCUUUGUCAUCUUGUACAUGGUGUUGCUGCACCUGUGGGUGAUGAUAGUACUGCUGACCUACACACCUGAGAUCCACACAGGUGAACAGUUCCACUCAGACUUAAAGCAGCCUCACCCUGACCAGCCAUAAAAAAAGACUUGUCUGCUAUCCUGUAUUAGAUAUACACAUCAAGCUGGAUUUUAUAUAAAUUACUCACAUAUAAAAGUAUAUCUGGAAAUGAUAUGUGUCAAUAAUGAGUGAAGAUAAACCUGGGAAACAAAGCAACAAAUAUUGUACAUCUCAAUAAUGUGCAAUGAUCCAAGGUGUCCAGACAUGUUCUAAUAUUGGUCCAUGAUAGAUUUAAGUAUAAUUAUUAUGUAGUGUGGAAAAUAACAGAAAAUGAGCCACUUGCAUAUUACAAUAUAUUCCAGUCAUGUAAAAAGUGCUUGGCAGUGUGAUGUCACAUGUGGGAAAUACAUGUAUGUGUAUAUCAUCAACCACAGUAUGUGCAGUUAUUGUCAUAUUACAUUUCUUGUAGCUACAUGAGUAAGACAGGUGUUGCCACUGCCAACACUAGGCCAUGGUAUGCUUUCUUAAGCUAAGCUCUCUUUUUGAUGUAUAAAAGCAGUGUUUGUGUGUGGUGAUCAAUAGCACACAAGUAUGUAAGGGGACAGACCAAGGACUUGUUUAUUUGCCCAACUGGACACUGAUUGGAAAGAGGUUUAUUCAACAUGUCAUCAUGGAAUCGCUGAUUACACAUGCCAAUGGCUCACUCUUUUGUGUGGUAUAUUUGUUGGUGGCCUCAUCAGAUGCUUUGUAAUUAAGUAUUUAUGCUUUGGAGCAUGUGCUUCAUUAUGUUAAUAAAGCAAGUGGGGUUUUAGGGUAAACAGAGAAAAUCGUUAUCAUGUCCGGACUGUAACAUGCAAAUUGUACAUGUAAAUAUUAUAUAGUCAGUACAGUGUAAAUAACUGUAAGCUAAUCUAAAUAGGGGAUCUGUCUCCAGGAGGCAUUUCCUACCAUUCACAAAGCAAGUCAUAUAGCAACAUUGUUACACGUUUAAGUGCUGUUCUCAUGAGAUGCGUAGUUACAGUACUGCAAGGCCUGCAACAUCAGCUUACUUCUUGACUACACUGAAUACACAUGAACAUUGAACAGCAGUCUCCAAUAUUGAUAAUAUGUAUCUGAACAUGUAAUACAUGUACAUAGUUGCUUCUCCGCAAGGUUACUAGUUAUGCUGCUUAGCUAUCACCAUUUACAUGUACCUUGCAAUCUUGAAAUAAAGUGUUUCUGUAAAAGGA